AAUAUUUGUUUUUUAUAUUUUAGAAGAGAAAGUUAGACACUUGACCUCACAUAGAUUUUUAUCGAUAAUUUUGAAUCACCUGAGUUCAACAACUGUUAUAUAUUGAGAUCAAUUAUUGCGCUGGCGCAGACAACCUUCAUUGUCAUCCAGGAGUCUUCUAUAACAAUUUUGACGCCUCUGUUUAUAUUCUUCUUCCAGAUGUUUCCUCAUGGUCGGAUAUCUUUUAUAAUACUUUGUUUUCACUGAAAUUGUUUCUAUGGAAUAUCGAAGCAUAUGCACAGAGUUUGGAAUCAUUAUGUUAGUUGAAACAUCGUACAUUGUUAAGUAUUUACAUUUAUUUUAGUUCCGGAAUCGAGGCGAUGAUGCAGAAAAAACUGCUACAAAUCAAUUAAAGUGUAAAUCUUUUACAUCAACUCUAACAUGCUUCUUCUCAAAGCCCUGAAUCUAUGAAAAUCAGCAAUCAUUGUUUUAAAAAUGUAAACAUGUGCCAGUGACAUGUGACCAGCAUGGCAGGAUGAACGAGAACAAUUUACUCACACAUCACACAAAUCGAUUUCAUCUCUACAUCGAUACAUAACAACUGUUGUAAACAUAACCUGUUAUGUUAUAACAAUUUAUUCGACAAACUUAUGCAUCGUUGCUAUCACCAUGUCAGAAGAAACUGGUUUCAAAUAUCACGAAUAUGCCGCAGCGAUGGGAUACCAGGUUCUGCUCACAGUUGUCAUACAUCCGUUGGAGUUUGCCGAGUUCCUAAUGCAGAUUGGGCACACUCCGAUUCCUGGGUACCCCAUGAAGACGCUAUUUGGUUUUCGAAACGCUCUGAAAUACAUCGGCCACAUCCGGAGCAAGGACGGCUGCCUGGGCUGCUACAGGGGCGUCCUGGCGAGGAUCAGGUCGAGGCUGGUCAGCUCCUCCACUCUCACCGCCAUCACUUACAAUUUCCCGAGCUUCCAGCAAGACGAAGACGCUGAGAGCAACCUUAGCCUUUCAGGGUUCGGUUCGAUGCUGUGGAGGGAAAUGGUGGAGGUGACUAUCACCAUAAUAGUGAGCCAGCCGUUCAUCGUCAUCAGUUGGCGGGUGAUGGGGCAGUUCGUAGGCCGCGAGAAGAUCUACAGCAGCUUCUUCUGGUCGAUCGGCGAGAUCUAUUCAAGAAGUGGGUUCACGGGGUUCUUCACCGGCUUGGUCCCACGUUGGCUGGGUGAAGCCAUUGCGCAGGCCCUCUCGCACAGCAUCUGCUACCUCAUCAACCGCUUCCUCAUCGACGAUCCCUUGCACAGAGCAAUAACCAGAGUGUUAGUGAGGUACCUUUGCUAUUUGUUCACCUACCCCUUUACAGUUGCCGCCGUUUGUUUUGGAGUCAAUGAUUGUGGGUUAAUUUGUGGGCAGCCACCGGACAUGCCGAUUUUCCGUGGAUGGACCGAAGCUUUUUCAUUCAUAACCAGGCCACAAAAAAAGGCUCAGUUAACACAGUAAGGCUAUACCAAACAUCUUCGUAUUUAAUAAAAACAUUACAGUUUCAUCAAACAAUUUUGUUGUCUAACGACUCAAUUUACCGGCUCGUGGUUCUCUAUCCAUUUGUGGUUCUCUAUCCACUGGUCAUA